AUGGCCGCGCCGGCCCCAGCGCCUCGGAUCCUGCUGCUGUUGCUGUUGCUGCUACCAGCGCCUCCGGGUGCCCACAGUGAGGUGUGUAUGGUUUCCGCUGGACGCAACCUCUUCCCCAAGUUCUGUCCUGAUUUCUGCUGUGGCACCUGUUAUGACCAGUACUGCUGCUCUGAUGUGCUGAAGAAAUUUGUGUGGAAUGGGGAGGAGUGUGAUGUUCUGGAGGCCAGCGUCCCCACCAAUGUGGAGCCACCGGAACAGCUGGGCUCAACACUGAAGUUUCGCUCUAGCCUGGACAGCGACCCCAUGUCCGGGUUUGGAACAACUGUGGCCGUCGGACUGACCAUCUUUGUGCUCUCCGUUGUCACCAUCAUCAUCUGCUUCACCUGCUCCUGCUGCUAUUUGUACAAGAUGUGCCGCCGACCGCGUCCGGUCGUGACUACCACCACGGCCACCACAGUAGUGCACACCCCUUACUCGCAAGCUCCAAGUGUGCCGCCCAGCUACCCUGGACCAGCGUACCAGGGCUACCACUCCAUGCCCCCCCAGCCAGGGAUGCCAGCAGCGCCGUACCCCACGCAGUACCCACCACCCUACCUGGCCCAGCCCAUGGGCCCCCCUGCCUACCAUGAGACAGUGGCUGGAGGUGCAGCCAUGCCCUACCCUGCCAGCCAGCCUCCUUACAAUCCAGCGUACAUGGACCCCCCGAAGGCGGCCCCCUGA